AUGGCAUACUCGCGAUACCGACCAACUUCCCACUUCAUCGCACCACACUCAUGGUCCAAUGACCCCUGCGGCGCAGUGUACAUCCCAGAAUCACGGGAAUACCUCGUCUGUUACCAAUGGAACCCGGGCACCACUGAAGGAGGCAACUGCGCCUGGGGCAUGGCAAAGAGCAAAGACCUCGUUACCUGGGAGGAUUGCAAGCCCGCCAUUUGGAACGGCACCUCAUACGAUUCCCUGGGCGUAUUUUCCGGAUCGAUUGUUUCAAGAUUAGCUGCGGGCAAAAGAGUCUUAUACCUGUAUUACACCAGCGUAUCUGCCCUGCCAAUCCACUGGUCUCAGCCGUACAUCAAGGGAUGCGAAACACAGUCAGUCGCCAUCUCCACAGACUUGGGUCAGACUUGGGUCAGGCACCGGAAUAAUCCGUUGCUGACAGUCCCUCCCAAAGAGGGCGCAACCACAGGAUGGCGCGAUCCGUUCGUUACCCAAUCACAAUCGCUGUCAAAACUGCUUGGUCUGAGUCGAGACACGAAUUACAUGAUGCUUUCCUCGGGCGAGCGGAAACGCGGUCCUCAGCUCCAUCUAUACAAGUCUCGCAGCCUUUCAUCCAGUUCAUGGGAAUACGUUUCGACCGUUUUGGAUGUUGGGCUGCACGAUUACAUCUCCAAACGAAGCAACUCAAGGUGGGGUAUCAACUUCGAAUGUGCCAGUUUCUUCAACAUGGGUGAAACGGACUACAUGAUAGUUGGCGUUGAGGAGACAGAAGAGAGCAAACGCCAUAAUGGCCACUCUCUGCUCUGGAUGUCCGGCAAGUUUGUGUUAAAUGAGCACAACCUGCCCAUAUUUGAUAUUCGCGGCCACGGCAUGCUCGAUCAUGGCGUUUUGUACGCCGCGCAUAUUUUCAAAGAUGCAGAGAACCGCCUGAUACAGCUGGGAUGGGCGGACGAGACUGCAAAGAAACAGCUGGUUCAGGGACAAGGCUGGGCCGGCUGCCUAGGCCAUCCGCGAGAGAUUGCGGAAAUUUCACGACCGCUCGUCCACGACGUCGAGUCAUGGCCAGAAUGGCACAUUGACCACUCGUCUGGGGUCAUGAAAACGCUGGGAAUUCGGCCAGCGCCGCAGGUUGAUACCCUCCGACAGGGGCUUCCAGACUAUUCUUCUCUUGAAGACCUCAAAACCCUUCGGUCGAAGAGCUACGAGUUGAAAAUGACGUUUUCUCAUUUGUGUGGUUUGGAAAAGUUUGUCCUUGACGUGCUCCAAUCGCCUGGCUGCACCGAGGUGACAAGGCUCAUUUUCGACCUUGAACAACAGCAGAUGGUUGUAGACCGAUCAAGGUCGUCACUACAACAGUUGAGCGCCACUGCGCCUGACUCGGGCGACCUCAGGCUCCUGCCAGGGGAAGAUCUUCAAGUUAGGAUCUUCGUCGAUGUGUCUAUUGUCGAAAUUUUUGUCAAUGAUAGGUUUGCGCUCACUUCACGGGUGUAUCCGUCAAUGGAGACUUCUACAGCCGCCGCGUACGACUUGAAUGGGUUUGACGAGGGAAACGUCAAGUUUGAGUGCUGGCAAGGAUUGAAGAACGCUUGGCCGGCAAGGGGUUCCGGCUGUGGCCUAUUACCGGAGCUACACCCUUUGUAUCAGAAGGCAGAGAAUAAAAAAAUGGACAAGGACAGUUUCGCUACCCGUAGCGAAAUGCCUCUGGAAAUGGCCGCAGUUUCGUGA